GGGGAGUCCUUCGUCCCCAGUUUCCCAGCAGAGUCCGAGUUUUCCAGCCUCGAUCGUGUUGACCACAACUCACAAAUCAUUCUACUUGUACCUCUUCCUCUUCUUCUUCCUCUUGACCAUCCAACCCAUACAGAGUACUGCUUUUAGUCCUCGUCUCCUUCUCCUCCUUCCCCAAACAAAAACAGACAGAGUCAUGUCAACCCACCAUAUCAUCCAUCAAACCAACAACUCACCACCUACCAUCAACCGACAAGAACCUCCCCCUCGUCGUUACCCUUCCUCCCCCUCCUCAACAGCCUCAUCAGAAUCAGAUGAAGAUACUCCUGGACCAGACCCACCGAGAAGGGGUGACGAUCGAAACCUAAGAAUCAACUCACAUAUCCUACACCAUCCAACCGCACCUGCACUCGCCACCCCAUCCACCAAGAUCGGCUCCCAUCCAUGGCCAUUCAACAGUCUCAGUCCUAGGCUCAACAACUCAGCCUCAAUCGAUCAACAACAACAACAGCCACAACCAGAACAAUCAUCAUCAGCAGCCACAACAACAACAGCAGCAACAACGACAACGACGACGACUACCCAAAAACAACCACAGCAACAACAAUCAGCAGCCCCAACUUGCACCCCCGAGUCUGGAAAAUUAAACACCACCAUCCAAACCCCUAAUCAACCCCAACCUACUACAAACGGAACUUGGAAAUCUAGCCACUCUCGAGCCGCAUCACUCUCCAGCUCACUACCCCAUGAAAUCUUGAUUCAAAUCCUACGCUCCGUAUCAUCCACCAGUGACCUCAGGCGGGCCCUAUUGGUCUGCAAGGCUUGGUGUCAAUGUGGGAUCGAACUGCUAUGGCACAAGCCUACCUUCCCAUCGACAUCAUGUCUCAUCAAAAUGCUCGUCUCACUAGCCUCCAAAAACCAGACCUUCCCAUAUAUCUCAUUCAUCCGCAGGCUCAACUUCUCUGGUAUUGCGGAUCACAUGACUGAUCAUAUCUUACUCAGGCUCGUUAACUGUACCCGACUCGAACGUCUGACCCUCUCCGGUUGUAAUUCGAUUACCGAUGAUUCAAUCAUCAAGAUCCUAAAAAACUCUCAGGAUUUGGUCGCUCUCGACCUCUCCGACUGCAAACUAAUCACCGACGAAUGUAUCCAUGCCGUUGGCCAAUACUCCAAAUUCUUACAAGGUCUCAACCUAUCGGGUUGUAAAGCUAUGACCGACGCCGGUCUACAAUCACUAAGGCACUGUAAAGCUCUCAGAAGGCUCAAAUUAAAGUACUGCGAAAAGAUCACAGAUGCCGCUCUGACAGUCGUCGCUGUCGCAUGUCCCCUCUUGCUAGAGGUCGAUCUAGUAGGCUGCAGGCUGGUCACAAACGCCAGUCUAUGGAUGCUAUGGAAGAACUCUUCUCAUCUUCGUGAACUUAGUCUCUCGGGCUGCACCGAGAUAUCCGAUGGAGGGUUUCCUAACGCAUCGAAUUGUAACAUUGGUGCCAAUGGUAUCAGCCAUCCUAUCCUAGAGGAAUCUGAAGAGAAUCCGGACAACAAACCAGAUCCAGGGACGGUGAAUGGUAAUAGCAAUGGUUACCAUGCCUAUCCUUACAACGGAUCCAAUGGGAUGAUUCCCCACCAACUCGACAGCACGGCCUAUGAAUUUAUCUCCUCAAUUACCAGCCAUCGUCGUCUAGAGGAAUCCGUCAUGCAUUUUGAUCAUAUCCGAUUCCUAGAUCUUACCUCACUCGUCAGGUUAACUGAUGCCAGUCUCGAUGGGAUCAUCAAGCAUAUGCCUCGGAUCCGAAACCUCGUCCUUGCCAAAUGUGGCGGACUGACCGAUGAAGCCUUAAACUCGAUCUGCGGAUUGGGCAAAUACCUACACUAUCUUCAUCUCGGGCAUGUUAGUAGUUUGACGGACCGUGCGGUGAUUCGAGUCGCUCGGAGCUGUACUCGACUGCGUUACAUCGAUCUUGCAUGCUGUAAUAAUUUAACGGAUAUGAGUGUUUUCGAGUUAGCGCAAUGUCUUCCCAGGUUGAAGCGAAUCGGUCUAGUUCGGGUCACCAACAUCACCGAUCAAUCAGUAUAUACUCUGGUUGAAAGAACAUCGCUAGAACGAAUUCAUCUCUCUUAUUGUGACAACAUCACUGUCGGCGCUAUUCAUUGGUUAUUGCAACGGCUGCAACGGCUGACUCAUCUCAGUUUAACUGGUGUCCCAGCAUUCAGAAGGACCGAUUUGCAAGCCUGGUGUCGGGCUCCACCUAAGGACUUUAAUGCCCACCAACGGCAGGCAUUCUGCGUUUAUUCCGGAAAAGGUGUUAGCGAACUCCGGUACUAUCUCGCCGCUCUGUAUGUCUCAAUCACCAGUUCGAACAAUCGUAGCCGAGUAGGGCCGACUUCAUCAAACAACAGCUCAAUCGAUGAAGAAACCACGAACAACAUGACCCUUUCGGCUGCUCCUAUCGGACCCAAUCUGUCAGUUUUCAAUAGUAUGCCCGACCCAAGGACGAUGGCAGCUGCCAUGGCCGCCGCCCGACAGCAGACCAACCCACAACUCUAUGGCAUGGGGAGUCGUCGAAGGGAGCUGAGACUACCUGAACGAGGUGGAAGGGUAGCCCUGUCUGACUUUUUACACCAGGGACCAAGUACAAGUGUCAACUCAGCGGUAAUCAGUGGAAAUGGCCAGCUUUUAUCACUCCCAGAUCUGCCUAGACACCCUGCUUCCCGGAUGUUCUUCCAGUUCAAUAACGAUAACAUGGGUGUCAAUGCGCUAUUGGGUGUCAACGACCGAUCAGUGACCCACAAUGAUCAACCAUCGGCGACGAUGCAGGUCGACGAGCCAGAAUCAGACAGUCAAUCGAUGGCCGGCUCGAGUUCUGCGCCACGUUACAGCCAGUCUCAUGGACCUGAACAAUUUGAGCUAGAAGUUGGCAACGAAGGGGAUGGACUGCGGUCGCCGAUACCCUUAUAUGGGGUCCCCAACACCCGACUACCCCCCUUUGGACUGCGCGAACGGUCACUAGCAGAGCACAACCAACUGAACGGGGCCAGUACCUCGACGCCCUCGAGCCGGACCUCUCGGGCGGUGAAUGCGGGCCCCGAACGAGUCGGAGCCAUGGUGACGCCGGAGGGAGGGACACAACAGUACGGGCAGAAUCGUGGGCCAACAGGGCAUGAUAGUCUCAGGAUCCCCAACCACUCGAUCACCCGUCGCAGGAGCGAUGUCGACAUGGCCAGUGGCGCCGGUUCCGUCUCUGCCAGACGACACCUUGGUCACCAUGACACAUCUCCCCCCGGAUCAGCUGUCGACCCUGACGACUUCUCCGGCUCGGCUAAUCCCAGCAGAAUGGCUAUUGGCUUGGGCCCUAGAACUAGAAGUAACGGAAUCAAUCUUAACGUCCCCGAUCGGACUGAUUCCGUCAGCCCUAUCGAAAUCUCCGACGACGAACGUCCUCCUCCUUGAGUUUCUUGUUUUCCCUCCCUCUCCCUUCUGCCCUCCUCCCCCCCUACCCCCUCCACUCCCAAAUCCAAUGUUUGUUACUAGUAUACUGUUCUCCUUGAUAUAUUUAUAUAAAAAUACAUUUGUUUCAUGAUACACAUGAAUUUACAUCUCUAUGAAUACAUAUAUACACAUGUCAUCAUCAUUCCUCAUCAGUCAUCAGUAUAUAAACACACUCACACUCACAUCACACUAUAUACAAAUAUAUUGAAAAGCUGUUGUUUAUUAUUUUAUGAUCAUCAAUUCCCUUCCUUUUAUAUCUAUAUAUAAUCUAAUUCUCUUUUCUUCUUCCUUGUGGGAGGAUGGGGUGAAUAAUGGGGGGAAAUGGGGAUGAAGGAUGAAGGGGGGAGGUGAGGGAGUGGAUGGGGGAAGAAAGAUGGCAGAGGUUGUUGAAAUGAAGAAUAAUGUGUAGAUGACAGUGUUGUGUGAUGUGUACAUAGACAUUUGAAUGUGUGUGUGUGUGUGUUGAUUGUAUGGAGGUGAGGGGUAUCCAGAAAUCAACCUUCAUAAGGUCUGCCAAUUGUACGGAGGGAAGUGGGGGG